CCGCGGAAGCGAACACAGGAGCACGCUCGGCACGUAACACGUUGCGCCGCUCUGUACGGAAGUGGCUUGUGUGUGCCGUAGGUAGCCGCUGUUUGUGUUCUGGGGCAUCGAGGAGGUUUCUUCAUGGCGUUGGAUUCAAAAGUGGAUUAAGUGGCCGAAAUUGUUUCCCGAACACAGAACCGCCGGCGGACGUUUCUUCGACCACCGGAUUUAUCGUCUCGCUAGAGAGUGUCUCAUCGUCUUUCAAGCGCGGUGCUACAAUCUAUGCGCACUUGCCCCUGAGGGCCCGAACCGGAGGAGCCAGCCAUCAGGAUGCCUCGCAAGACUGCGCGAGCCGCCAAGCAGGACGCCGAGGCGCCGGCCGCCGAGGACGGCAAGUCGGACGAGACCGCCGCCGCUACGGAAGGGGCUCCACGACGGUCCAGCCGACGUGCAGCAGCCAAGCCAGCAGCGGACUAUGCAGUCACUGGAGGACGCACACGCCGGAGCUCCACGGCCGCGCAGACAGCUGCAUCUACAGCAGAGGGUCGCCGCAGCUCGCCCGUUGAGUCACCGGCCACACGGGUCAAGAGCGCUCGUCGAACGUCAGGGCCGGUGAACUACGAGGAGAGUGACGGUGCCGAGGGAGAGGAGGAAGAGGAGGAGUACCGUGCCGACGAGGACAGUGAGAACGAGUCCAACUCUGGGGACGGCACCCGCAAGCAGCGAGCUGCUGGCCGCGGAUCACGGGGUUCGGGGCGGCCGCCGCGGGGCCAGGCUGCAGCGGCUACUACAGGCCGCCGGAGCCGGCGGGCCACCAAGAAGGACGAAGACGAGGAUGAAGAGGAGGAAGUGGUGAGGCCUCUGCGGAAAGGCCGCAAAUCAGCCGCCGAACUGCGCAAGACGCCCGCGGCCGAGGAGCGUCCCAAGCGCAGCACGCGGGGCACGCGGGGCAGCCGUGGUGGUGCAUCCGCAGCAGCGGUGGAAGAGGAGGAGGAGGAAGAGGAAGAAGAUAAGACUCCCACCCCUAGCCGACGAAGGGGUACCAAACGAGGGGCUCAGCAGCCUGAGCCCGAAUCGAAGCCAGCGUCCAAGCGACGCAAGGCCCAGCAGGAGGCCGACAAGACGAAGAAGGACGAGGAGGAGGAAGAAGCAGAGGAAGAGCCCAUGGAGACUGCUUCGGCUGCCGAAGAGGACAAGGCAGAAAAGAAGCCAGCCACUGAGGUGGCCAAGAAAGAAGACGAUGCUGCCGAGCCGAUGGAACAGGGUGACGAGGCCGAGGAGUCCGAAAACAAGGUCAAAACACCAGCUGCCGUCGCAGCAGAGUCCCAGGAUGCCGCAAAGCCGGCGGAGAAGGAGAAGGGAGCUGCGUUCAGCAGUCCUGUAAAGAGUGGCUCUGACAAACCGGGUGCUGAAGCACAUAGCCCCGAAAAAGCUGUGUCUGAAAAGCCAACUCCGGAGAAACAAAGCCCCGAAAAAACAUCCUCAGAAAAGCAGAAUGCUGAAAAGGCUAGUCCGGAAAAGGUCAGCCCCGUGAAACCAAGUCACGAAAAGCUGAGUGUUGAAAAGCAGAGCAUUGAAAAGCCAAGUCCCGAAAAGAUGAGCCCUGCAAAAUUGAGUGUUGAGAAGCAAAGCGUAGAGAAAUCAAGCCCUGAGAAGUCAAGCUCCGAAAGGCCAGAACUGCCAAGUGUGGCGAAACCAGCUAUGGAGAAGGUUACUCCAGAGAAGGCUACUCCAGAGAAGGCUACUCCAGAGAAGGCUACUUCAGAGAAGGCUACUCCAGAGAAGGCAACUCCAGAGAAGGCAACUCCAGAGAAGGCAACCUCAGAGAAGGCAACCUCAGAGAAGGCAACCUCAGAGAAGGCAACCUCAGAGAAGGCAACUCCAGAGAAGGCUACUCCAGAGAAGGCUACUCCAGAGAAGGCUACUCCAGAGAAGGCUACUCCAGAGAAGGCUACACCAGAUAAGGCAACUCCAGAGAAGACAACUCCAGAGAAGGUGAGCACUGAAAAACCGACAUCUGAAGCGCCAAGUCCUGUAAAGCCAAGCCCAGUGAAGCCAGCUGCUGAAAAACCAAGCCUCGAAAAGCCAAGUUCCGAGAAGCCAAGUGUCGUGAAGCCUAGCCCCGAGCGACCAAGUGUUGAGAAACCAAGCCCCGAGAAGAUCAGCAUCCAAAGUCAACGCCAGAAAAACCCCCCAUCCCUGAAACUGAGCCCCAUCAAGGUACCUACGCCCGUCAAGCAGGAUACUGAGAAGCCGAGCCCCGUCAGGCCUGUUUACGAAAGGACUCCACUUCCGAAACCGAGUCCCGAGAAGCUCAGCUCCGAAAAGCAGCCAAGCUUUGAAAACAAGUCCGGCGCCACAAACUUGAGCACCGCCAAUGCGGCAAGUCUUGAGAAGGCGGCCCCCAGCCCUGAGAAACACAGUGGUGCGCCAGUGAGAAGUGCGGACAUGACGACAGUGCCAGCGGAAACCACCAGGGUCCACGUGCCACCAGUGUCCGUGACGAUUCCUCCGCCCCAGACUCCACCUGCGCCUAAACCGACGGCGCCGCCUCCCCCCGCGCAAGCCGUUGCAACACCUACAGUGGGACUAGGCCUGCCCAAGGAGAAUGGUGAUGUGGGAUCAGAACAUGGGGUGUUUUCGGUGUCUUGGCUGGACCUGGUGUCUGAUCCGAAUGCGGAACGAGCCCUGCGCCAAGCGCGAGACGUGGACGUGCUGGCGCUGCAAGGAGUGGAGCCGGGGCACUGGGGUGUCCUGACAGCCCAGCUGCCCGAGGGAUGCGAGCUGCUGAAGGGUACCGGGCUGGCGCUGGUAGUGCGACGGUCGGCGUUCCGGGUGGUCGAGCACAGCAGUCACACCUUGCAAAGCUUGAUCGCCAAAGAUCUGGAAUCCCUGGACGAAGCAGAUCGGGAAGCGGUACGGAACCACUUGAGGCUGACGCCCGAUGGCCACCUGCUCACAGUGCGCCUUCAGCCAUUGCUCAGCGGCCAGCCGACAGUGGACAGUCAGCGGUACCUUGUGGUGGCCAAUGCAGCGCUCAGUCCUGCAUCACCCAGCGUGAAUGCACUGCAGGUGUGCUGUGUGGCACGUGAGCUGUGUCGUGAAGUGGUUGGAGCCACCCCUGCAGGUCGGUUGCUUGUCGGGCGUCUCCAUGUCGUGGCCGGCAGUCCGGCGUACCAGCUCCUGCGGGACGGCUACCUGGACGACGACAUGAUCGAAGAGCUUCAGCGGCACCGAAACGUGGUCCUGCCCGGACGGGAGAGCCGUGCGCUUGUGAACCUCUUGUGGAAGGCCUUUCAGCACCCAUCAUCGAGUUUACGCAGCUGCUACACGGCAAAGGCGGAGGAGGGAGUUCCCGCUCAGUGCCCCGCCAACUCGCCAGCCUGGUUCAGCUCUGAAAACCUACGGCUGCUGCAGCCUCUUGCCGAGGGCAGCCACCUCGCCCGGCUGGCCUUCUGUAGCCCGUGAACAGCACAGACGGAUCCCCCCACACUUCUUUUUUUUCCCCUCUCUUCUUUUUUUUUCUUCAAAGAAAGUUUCUUUAGCGUCACCCGUGGUUGGACUAUUUCUUGUAGAAAUAGUGGUGCCCUCCCCCCAACCUCUUUUUCUCUUGGACAAGAACUGCAGCUGCUCUUGCUUCCCAAUGCUUUCUGCCCUCCCACUCUUGGUUCUGGCAACCCCAAAGCCUUCUCUGCUGCAGCAGGUUGGCGUCUUGCAUUUGUCUCCUGCAUCGCCAAGGGUCCUCACCGCUCUGGUGCUCGGGAGGCAGCACAGCUGGGCGUUGAUCUUUCAAAGACUGACCUGUGGAGUGUUGUGCGGUGCUUGGCUGUAGUGCUCUUUCUUCUUAAAACGCCCAUGAAUCGCAGCAUGUAUUCGGUCACCAAGAUAAGAGGACAGGCUGUCCAUUUGAUUUGGAAGCUUCUUCCGGUCAAGUGACAUUUGUUUUUGCGGUUGUUAUCCUCUUUUGGUGCAGUUACCGUGACUUUGAUCCCGUGGUUCUGUUGGACUGGCCUAAUCGUACAUCUUCGCCAGUCCAGUGAUAAGUAGUGUCUUGCAGGGUGGCCGCGAGUGAAACCAUGCAAGCUGAUCGCAGAAGAGUGCCCCCCCCCCCCCCCUUUUUUUUUCAAGCUUAGAGAAUACAGGCUGAAGGCACACAUGCUUCUUGGCAACGUUUCAAAGCAAAAUAAUGAAAAUUUACUCAAAUUGUCCUUAUUAAAUGAUUUACCGUGAUCUAUUGGACAUGUCUGUAUGAGGAUUAGAUCGUAUCAGCAGAGGACGUUUUGCUGGGUUGAUGUAGUGAGAGCCGUAUUGCUCGAGGCUAGGCAAAUGUAGGAUGGCAAGCAUGGAAGGUCUGGCUCCACUCGUGCAAUAGCGCGGAGCGUCAUUUGUAUGCUGUAACAGUAAGAUUUUAAUGUCAUUGGCUUGUGGCGACUUGCGAAGCGCGCCGGGCCGGAAUCUGUGAGAGGCUGUGCAUUGAUUGGGAGCAUCAAACCAGCCGGCAAAAAUGCGUCGCAGCUCUAGGCUCACCUAUUGUUUUGCCCAUCAGGCCAGGCACACUGGAGAGAUGUUCCAGUCGUAUUGAAUAUUUCUUUCAUCAGUGUCUCGUUUUUUUACACUUGUGUGCAUGUUAUUGAUUUCCAUAUUCACCAUGUUAAUUUUUCUUUCAUGUUGCGAGCCAGUGUUUUCAUUGCCCUGUCUGAAAGCGCUCACUUAUAAAGACGCUUUUUUUUCUUUACACGAUGUGCUGCAUGAGCCCUCCCUUUUACGAUGCUCGUUUCUCAGCACAUAGUAUCGUUGUGCUUCUUUCUGGCUUGCAUAUUUUAGUGUAGCUGUUGGCUGCAGCUUCGAGCUUUUUUUAUUACUCUUUUGUGCUUACCUUUGUGAAUGUGGGGAGGCAAAGGAAUAAAUCAAAAUCGGCACUUGUUUGUUUAGACUUUGCAUCAGUAGUUCUAGUCGAACCAUUGCCGAUUGCACCAUUGUAUUCUUUCUUUAAGGUAGGCUUGGGGGUGCAAUUUUCUCAAAACUACAUUUCAAGAAUAUUCCUGCCUGGGCUUUUGAAAGGAUAAUAGUGUUCUCUUAUAGUUUCGUUGUCAUGUUUGCGGUUGUCGCACACAAUUCCUGGAAUAUCAUCGUGGGUAAUCGUUUUUCUCAGUGCCCUGGCAUGCAAAGGAUGACUUCAUCCUCAUUAAGCUCGAAGCUGGAGUUUUUGUGAAUGGGUAAAAAACAAAGCAUUCAUAUGACAUACAUGGCAGUGCUUUUAGUUAAUGAAGGCAUGAAAUUGUAACUGAGUGAAGUGUCUGUAAUGUGCUGUUUUCGUUUGAAUACUGUACACAUCUUUAUUGUGUUUGCACAAGAGAAGAACUGCAAAUGGCUGUAAAGGUGUGGUUUGAUGAAUGUUUCUGAUGCUGUCUUUAAGGUAUGAGAAAAUAGCUGCAAUUGACGUAGAUACAAAUAUUUAUAUAAAAUAUUUUCAGUGGGCAGUUUUUCAUUUAUUAUUUUGUAUUUCUUUAUUGAAUGUGUGCAAAGUUUUAUUAGUACAACACUGAAUUUCAUAAGCAGUGUGUAUCUGUCAAAAAAAAAAUUGUACGGUGCAUGCUGCUUUUUACUUUUAGGCAAGCCUUGCGGCUGAUUUUAUGCUUUGUUUUUUGUAAAGUACAAACCUGGCACCUACUACACGCAUUAUGUCAUGAAUUACUCGACCAUCUGAAAAUUUCCAUCUUUUACGGUGUGUGUGCGUGUGUGUGUGUGGUGUGUGUGCGUGUGGUGUGCAUGUUCCUGGGAAGCAGUAGUCCUCACGGUGACAUGUUUUCAAAAAGCGAGGUCCAGAUGCAGCCCACCUCCUUCCUCCCCGACGAUGACAUCCAUUAAUGAUUUCUGGCUACCAAAAGCUCAGAGCUGCAUGCAGUUCGACCCUUCCUUCGAGCUGUGCUUUCUUUGAGAGCUUACACCUCGACACGGCAUCACCGAGCCAAGCUUCUGCCACAAAGGGCAAGAUUUCACGCAAUGGUCCAUGCCCCGGGCUGCUUGGUGGCUCGCAUCGCCUGCCCAAUGCUGUGCACUUAGUGCAGCCUUUAGGUGAAACGGUUGGGUGAAAUUAUGGCACUCUGUCGCCCACCUGUAUGGCAUUGACCUUUCACCUCUUUCCCUUGUGUGUACCGCCUGCUGUACGGAAAUAAAUGUGGCAGUUGUAUACAAACAUU